AUGUCGCGUCUCGCUCCGCGCGUUCACACCGUCGAGUUUCGCUCUAGACAGGCGCCGGGCGAGACGUGGCGGACUCCCUCGCCCGGGACGCGGGAGUCCGUGGGCUCGAGCGCGACGUCUGCGUUCAGGAACUACCGGAGCCUCUCCGUGACGGGCGAGCGCUACCACGUGUUCGAGAACGGCACCCUGCGCAUCUUGGACUUGCGUCGCGAGGACGCGGACACCUACACCUGCUUCGCCACCAACAACCUGGGCUCCAGCCAGCUGUGCGCGCACCUCCACGUCCCGGUGGCGUCGGACGGUGAGGAUCGGGGCCAGGACGGCUCCGGCUACGAGGAGGAGGACGAUGAGCAGGAGACCACCGCCCCCGACGCCAGUAGCAGCCGUGACGGUGGUGCUGACGAGGAUGACGACGAGGAUGACGACGACGAGGACGACGACGAGGAGGACGACGAGGAGGACGAGGUGUCAGCUACCUCGCCAGCAGCAGCGGCGGCGUCGUCGACGGCGCCAGCGGGGCGGGCGACCGCCACCAGCAGCGGGGCGCCUCGCCGCCUCGCCGCCGCCGCCACUUGGGCCACGGCGCUGCUGCUCGCGCUGGCGCCGCGGGUGGCGCGCGCCGCCUGGCGCCACGUCUAGGAGGAAGCUUCCCGCCGGACGUGGCGCCAGGAGGAAGCUUCGUCACUCUCGCGGAUCUCGACGGUCGCGGCGCCCCGUUGGGUGCGACGUCGCGUCUCGCUCCGCGCGUUCACACCGUCGAGUUUCGCUCUAGACAGGCGCCGGGCGAGACGUGGUGGAUUCCCUCGCCCGGGACGCGGGAGUCCGUGGGCUCGAGCGCGACGUCUGCGUAGGUGGAGUCAGCGAGCUGUCCCUGCGCUCGUGCGGAAUGUUGGUGUCCGGCUCCUCCGCUCUUCCGCUCCGCACUGAGGAACGGUGGUGAUGGUGGCGGUGGUGAUGGUGGCGGUGAUGGUGGUGGCGGUGGUGAUGGUGGUGGUGAUGAUGGUGAUGGUGGUGGUGGUGGUGAUGGUGGUGGUG